AGGAAGCGACACGGCACAGACACGCUGAUUUUCAUAUUUACCGACUCAUGUAGGUACGUGACUUCUAUACCAUAGAUGUUACUAGCAAAAGCAUGAGCUGCAUGGAAAAGUUCUUCUUUCGCUGUAAGUAUCCGUUUUCAACUACAUGAUAGCGCCAACUCUCUCAAGAGUGCUCUCACCAAAACAAGAAAAAAUGGCUGAAAAUACAACAUCUGGGAGUGGCCUCGGCGCUCCCCACGUUUGGCGACAGCUUGACUUGGGGCCAUGCUUGUCCCUGUGGAAUAGCCGCUCUUACCUACAGGAAAAGAUAGGAGAGGUGAAGGCGUCGUUUCACGAAAGCGAUUCAACCACCUUCGAUUAUAGACACAAGGCGUUCGUCUAUGUGUUGCGGACAUUCAGUGAGGUGUUUUUUCAACCGGAAAGCGAAGCUGGGAUUCCACUGAGUCAACAAUGUGACAGUUCACAUGCAGCAAAUGUGGACGGGAGGUCCACUGCGAGCAUUCCGGCCGAGACGACGGCUACUUCUAUGGAAAAGCUGGAGGAGAACACUGGGAGCAACAGCAAGAAGAAUCCUAACGAACCUCCGACAACUUCUGCUUCAUCUACACCAGAGAAAUCAUCUUCGUUAUCUUCUCCUUCCUCAAAUUCUUGUAGAAGAGCCAAGCAUUACUAUUAUCGUGCUACUCCUAGUGCGACUCGCGCUGCUGCUACGUUGGGGAAUACUGUGCCUGCACUAGAAGGAGACUUCAACUUGCCCGAUCAGGUGUUGAAUGAAGCCAAAGCGGAAGCUUGUUAUUCCACCGUGUUGCGGAUGUGCUCUCCGGGUGCAAAAGUCUGGCUUCAUUACGACGUCUGCGACAAUGUUUUGUGUCAAGUCGUUGGAAGAAAACGCGUGUUAUUGUGGCCCUCAGAGUGCGUGGACGCAUUGGGGUUUGAUUCGCAAGCGUCGAGCUCAGUGUUUGCGUGCCAAUUGCUUCGCUGUGGAUCGAGAUCAGAUGUAGAAAGGUUGGUGGAUGAAGCGAUGAGCAGUCUCGCGAUUAAGGACGAACACGAAGAACAGAAGAAUGCUGGGGUUCGGGUUCGCUCUUCUAGUUCUAGCAGUGCUUCUUUCGUUAACCUGGAUAGAGGAAAAGUUCUCGAAUCCUGGGAACGAAGAGUAGAGGUGAUACUAGAGCCAGGAGAUGCAGUGCUGAUUCCAGCCCUAUGGCCACAUUGCACAGAAGACUUGCGUAUCGAAGACUUGCAAGAUCCGCAGUCAUGCUGUAUUGAAGGAGAUCAGGAGAGGCGGAGGAAUGACGAUGAUGCUGUUUCCUGUUUCGCGGGUAUGAGUAUCAACGUUUUCUUCCACACUGAAGAUUUGUCAGGGCUGUACAAGGCGAAAGACGCGUGGGCCAAUCACGACUAUCCAGUUUUUCAGAGAGCCUGCAAUGCAAUAGAGAAAGCAGUGAAAACUCUUGCAGACGCUUUGCCAACGAGGUGUAGGGCAUUCUAUUUGAAAAAACUGGCUUUGUACUGUCAAGAACUGGCGAAUAAGGAUUGAUCUUCUCCUUAACCAAAGAGAAAGAACCAGAAUACCCCUAGCAAGAAAUCCCACUUUCCUCCAAAUACCUCCUCCAUUCCUUAUCUUUUCGAGCCCUUACAGUUAAAUUCGAAAAGCAGAUGUCAUGACGUCUAUCGCACGC